AAGAUUUUCUUCGCAGCAAGCUGGUCCACAUCUACAAUUCUCUCUCUCUCUCUCUCUCUCUCUUCGCUCGCCUCUUCUCCUUCUCCUCUUGUGGUGGUUAAAUUCUCUCUACCAUCUGACCGUUUCUUCACUCAUAAAUCGAAGCGAAGAGAUUCACUGGGGCACGUUUGGACCUGAGUUUUAUAAAUCUCGUGGAGGUUGCAAUCACUGCAAAGAGAGUAUCCUCAUUUAGUGAAAAAAAAGAUGUUGAUUCCAGUGCAAAUUUGGUCUAUGGACCGUGGUGGUCAGAGGUAUGGAAACUGAUGAUUGGGAGAUGAUCUAAUCUAAUCUAAUCUGGAGCAAAAGAAAAGCCGACGUUUGUGUAUAUUUUUGUAGAUAAUUAGGCUUUUUUUAAAAGGGAUUUGAUUUGAUUUGAUUGAUUGGUCGAUCAUAAUGGCUAUUGCUGGCCUGCAAAACAUUUUGGCCAUCAAUUCAUCCUUCCCUCGGGACACUAGACAAAUGGAAACCGAAGGAAGACCGGGCGGCGUCCGUGCAUCCUCCCUCCUCCAGAUGUGGAGGGAACUCGAGGAUGACCACGUGACGACGGGUCAUCCCCGUGACAGAAGGAGUCGCCCUUCUUCCCCUUCUUCUAAUACUCUGAGGGGAAACGACAGUAAUAUUAGUUCACAUGAUGUUAAUUUGGGUGAGAGUGAGCUUGGUGGAUGCUCCCCUACCCGGAGUCAUAACUCGAGCGAGGAUCACAGCGAGCACUCUUCAGAUCUGGGGAUGGUUGAGAGAGAAAGAGUUAGACAGAUCUUUCGUGAGUGGAUGAGCUCUGGGACGGGUGAGCAAUCGUCUGCUCCUUCGCCUACCACUAACGGCGCGAGAGCGGAAUGGCUUGGUGAAACUGAGCAGGAAAGGGUGAGGAUCAUUAGGGAGAUGGUUCAGAUGAAUAGCCAGCAGAGGCCUGUGAUUGGUGGUGAUUCCAGGGAAGAUCAAACUCCUGCUGAAGUUGCUAACCAGAUUGAAAGAGUGCUUGAUGGAGGGAUGGUUGUGAAUGCGAACUGCGUUCAGAACGAGCAUGCUAGAAGAGGCAUACGCAAGUUAUGUGGUCGGCAAGUGUGGGUGGAUAUGUUGAAAAUGGCUGAGAGGGAAAGGCAAAGAGAGCUGCAGGGGUUGAUGCAGCAUCAUGCUGUUUCGAACUUUGCUCAUCGCAACCGCAUUCAGGCAUUGCUAAGGGGAAGGUUCUUGCGAAAUGGUGUCAAGGAUGAUAAAGAGAAACCAACAUCAUCUGCAGCUACUGAGUUGGGCUUUCUGAGAGAGAGGCAGACUGUAUCUGAGCUGAGGGAGGAAUUUAUAUCCAGACUAGACCGGUCAGUCUCUGGUCAAGCGAGCACUAGUCACUCGGAAACCUCAUCGGACACUGAAACAGAUGAUAGUAGAGGUGAAGAAGAAAACAAUUUAAAUUGUCAAGAUAACAUCAAUGAUGCAGACGGCGGUUCAGAUCAUAAUCGCAGAGAGGCUGACAGCCAUAAUUCGCUGGAUGAAGUAACUGAUUCUAGACGCUCUAAUAAUCGGAGUACAAGUCUGGAAGAAAGGACCGCACGUGUAGAAGGCUGGCAGGGGCAGCUUCCUGAGAAUAUUAUUCAAAGCGAAUGGCAACGGUCGGAAGGUGAUGAAUUUUCUCAAAGGAGAAAUGAUGCUGAAGCAGACCUGAGUAGCCAUCAAAGGGAGGACGCUACUAGCUGCUCAUCUUCUUCUAUUCUGGGAGGUGAGAACAGACAUGGCGGCCAUUUGCAAGAAACUAGCGAGAUAUUUUAUGAACAGUCUCUGCAAAGUCCAGAAGAAAUUGCCACUACCGGACCGACAAUAGAUCUCCAGGAGCAUCUGCCUGAGAACAUCAAUCUAACUUUCACCCUAGAGGAACAGUCUGAGGAGGAGAUUCUGGAAAAUGAAGAAGCCGAUUGGCAACUUAUCAACGGUGAAUGGAGAGAUGAUGCUGAAGAGGAGGCAGGUACAAACGUUUCCGAGAGUUUUCCAAAUCAGUUGUCCCAGGUAUCAUCCGUGGAUGAAGACGGAGAAGCCCAUGGUCCACUACAACCCACGGAGAUGCAGGCUGAUGAUUCUGAUCUUCAGAGCACACUACAAGACUGGUCUGAGGAGGAACAUUCUGAUGAGGAUACGGUCUCAAUUGGAAGGGCUGCCACAUUUUUUCCUCCGGACGAUGAUAAUGAGAACAUGGAACUCAGAGAACUCUCGAGCAGGAGACGUGUUUCAAAUCUUCUUCAAAGCGGGUUUAGGGAAAAUCUUGACCAGUUGAUACAAUCUUACGUGGACAGGCGAAGCCGAGAUCCUGUCGACUGGGAAGAACACGAGGACCCUUCAUUAGUAGAUGAACACACAGAACAGCAAGCUGAUGCUCAGAGUGAUGGUGGUGGUGGUCAAGAAAUCGAUGCUGUUGAAUCUCCUCCUUUAUCUCUACCCUCUCCAGUGAUUCCUGUUCAGGAUUUCUGGGACCAUGAUCGAUCCAAUUCAAGCUGGCCGGCACGUGAUAUGCAUGAGCGCAUUGGAAUGGAUUGGGACUCGAUCAACGAUCUGAGGAUCGACAUGGGAAGGAUACAUCAAAGGAUGGAUAACCUGCAGAGGAUGCUGGAGGCUUGCAUGGAAAUGCAACUCGAGCUACAACGGUCUAUAAGACAAGAGGUCUCUGCGGCGAUGCACCGCUCAGCAGACUCAUCAGGUUCAUCAUCCAAGGAGGCUGAGAGCUACGAGUCAAAAUGGGAAUACGUAAGGAAAGGGAUCUGCUGCAUUUGCUGCGAGAGUAACAUUGAUUCCUUAUUGUACAGAUGCGGACAUAUGAACACUUGCGAGAAGUGUGCAAAGAAGCUAGUGGAGGCUGGAGGAAAAUGUCCCAUGUGUCAAGCCCCUGUGGUUGAGGCAGUUCGUGCUUACUCUAUACUCUGACCUCUUUCUCUCUCUCUUUCGGUCCUAGCAUUUGGCUCCAAACUCUGCUUCAGAUUGCUUAUCAGAUUCUGGGUUUUACUGAUACCAAAUGUCUUUUAUCUUUCUCGUGAUUUAUAUAGCUUUAGAUAUAACUCUGAUUCACUUGGCUCACACACUUCUUAACUAUGUUUAUACACAAGAUUCAAUAGAUAUUGUUACAGCGUA